AUGGAUGCAUUGCGCUCCCUCGUCCAGCCUCUCGUCAGCGGGUCGUCUAUGAUGGACGGCAUGAAGCUCGUUGUCCUUGGGGGCACUGUCGAGACAGCCCGUCGCGUCAGCAGCUCUGCCUGGAACCACUUCGUCAACUCGUUCUUCCUCACCGCCCACUUCUCAGAAGAAGACAGCCCGUAUGAUUGGCUCAUGCUCUGGCUUUCGCGGCGCCCCGAAUGGCAACGCUCCCGAGAAUUCGAGACGACAACACGGGCAGCGCAUGCGGGACAAGUCAGUGGCUGGGAGGACGACCCCGACCUGGGUGCUGAGUUCGACCAGAGCAACGGUGACGCCCCUCCCUCUAAAACACGUGUCAUAUUCCAGCCCACCUUUGACACCACCCACACCAUAUACUGGCGCGGCCACUGGCUGCGUGUCCGUCGUUCACGUGGCACAGACGGUUGUGAGGUCCUGAGUGUCAGCGUUGUCGCCAGGAGCAACACCAUCCUCAAAGCCCUCGUCUUGCACGCCAAACGGGAGUACGAGGCCGAGGCCGUCCACCGAAUCAAUAUCUACUUUGCCGACCCGCAUGGCAGCUGGCGGUGGGCUGAUGCCAGGCACAAGCGACCGCUUGGGACUAUUGUGCUCGAGCCAGGGGUAAAGGAAAUGCUACUGGGUGAUGCGAGGGACUUUUUGGCGAGCGAAAAGUGGUAUUCGGACCGUGGUGUGCCGUGGCGACGAGGUUAUCUUCUGCAUGGUGUUCCUGGCUCGGGAAAGUCAUCCCUCAUACACGCACUGGCGGGCGAGCUCAUGCUCGAUAUCUAUGUUGUGUCGCUUUCGAGCGCCUGGAUAAACGAUAGUGUGCUUUUAGGGCUCAUGGGGCGUGUUCCAAAAGGUGCAAUGCUGCUUCUGGAAGAUUUGGAUGCUGCCUUUACGCGUUCCGUCCAGCGACGCGCUGACGCCGAGGACAAGCAAGGCAAGGAACAAGACGGCAAGAAGAAGAAGGAGGGUCGCGACAAGGACUUGAGCGACCUCAAUACGCUCAGUUUGAGUGGUUUGCUAAACGCGUUGGAUGGGGUUGCUGCUGCUGAAGGAAGGAUUCUCUUCGCGACAACAAAUCAUCUUGAAAAACUUGACCCUGCGCUCUCCCGCCCUGGUCGAAUGGAUGUUUGGGUCGAGUUCCGAAAUGCGAGCAAGUGGCAAGCAGAAGCGCUAUUCAGGAAUUUCUUCCCCAGUUCCGACCCCGAGCCCGAGGAGGAAAUAGACGAGGCUGCCCUCGCCGAGAUCGACAUUCCAACAACGCCUUCAAGCCUGCGCUCGUCAUCGAGCUUAUGGUCUUCCUUUGGUGGAUCAAGCACAUCCAUUGCGGACAUGACCAUUCCCUCUUCCUCAGAGUCGUCAGCGCCCUCGACAUCUUCCCGGAAAGGCAAACAAGAGCCCGCGAUACCGCUUGACCUCCCUCAAUUUGGGGCUUCCAAUACCGCAUAUAUACCGCCCGCGCCCGCGCCCGAGAUCGUUGCGGCGCAUCAGGGCCUCCGCCCGCUCGAUGGCAAGACGUUGGCGCGGUUGGCGAAACGCUUUGCGGAUGCCAUUCCAGACGGCGAAUUCAGUGUCGCCGCUCUACAAGGAUACCUUCUCAAGAACAAGUCGCGACCUGAAGCUGCAGCGGAGGAGGCUGGUUCCUGGGUUGUUGCGGAGCGGGAGAUUCGGGAGCGACUGCUGAAGGAACGACAGGCAAAGGAGAUCAGGGAAAAGAUCGAGCGCGAGAAGAGGAAAGAGCAGAAGCGCGAAAAGAAGGCCAAGGAGAAGGCUGAAAAGGAGAAAGCCGAGAAAGAGAAAGCGGAAAGAGAGAAGAAAGAGCAAGAGGAGAAGCAGAAGCAGGAGGAGAUCAAGACGGCGGAGACAGAGACCAAGGCCGACUCUUCGGAUACCACAUCUGAAGCAGACUCGGCUGUCGUUGUCGAGAGCCCGAAGGAAGAACCUGCGGCUGUCGCGGAGGAUAGCUCGUCGGAAAGCAGCGAUGACGACUCGGAAGAGAGUGAUGGGGAGGUGCAGAAGCAGACGAGGCCGACCAUGAGUGCACGGGAUCAGGCGCGGGCCCAGGGCCAAUCAUGGGGCAGACAAGUGCCCAUAUGA